UGACGUCAUCAACCGGCGACGGGAGGUGACGCAGUUUGUGCGGUCGGUGUGCUGGAAGCUGUGAAGCUCGAACUGUUUUCGCUUAGAUCUCCGGACCUGGUUUGUUUAUCUGACCACCCGAGAAGCAGAAAGAAGGGGAAGAGAUGUCUUUGGCGGACGAGCUGCUGGCGGACCUGGAGGAGGCUGGAGACGAGGGCGACGAGCCGGGUCUGUACCCGGGGGCAGAGGGGGCCGACGGAGCGGACAGCGAUGGGGAGGGUGGGGCGGAAGGCCCGGGGGGGCUGGCUGACAUCCCGGAGGAGAUGGAGGUGGAUUACAGCGGCACAGAGAGCGUCACCUCCAUCGCCAAGCUGAGACACAGCAAGUCGUUUGCAGAGAUAAUGGAGAAGAUCAGUCAGUACAUUGGUAACCAGCGCAAGACCUCAGAAGUCUCUGGGCCGGUGGAGGCCGACCCGGAAUACAGGCUGAUCGUGGACGCCAACAACCUGACCGUGGAGAUCGACAACGAGCUCAGUGAGUUGUUUUUACAGACCUAUGUGUGUAGGGCUUUUAUGAGUGUAAUCACUGAGUGUGAUCCUGGUCUGUGCGUGUACCUGUCUUGGUCUCAGGAGCUGGGGAACAAUCUGGACAAGUGUAAAAACAACGAGACGCUGCAGCAGAUCCUGACCAACGCAACUAUCAUGGUGGUCAGUGUGACGGCCUCCACAACGCAGGGGGUGUUGCUAGGCGACGAGGAGCUGCUGCGAUUGGAGGAGGCAUGCGACAUGGCCCUGGAGCUCAACCAAUCGAAACACAGCAUCUACGAGUACGUGGAGUCCAGGAUGUCCUUCAUCGCCCCCAACCUGUCCAUCAUCGUGGGGGCGUCGACGGCCGCUAAGAUCAUGGGCAUAGCCGGGGGCCUGACGAACCUGUCCAAGAUGCCGGCCUGUAACCUGAUGCUGCUGGGAGCUCAGCGCCGCUCCCUGUCGGGCUUCAGCAGCACCUCCCUGCUGCCCCACACCGGCUACAUCUACCACAGCGACAUCGUGCAGUCGCUGCCCCCGGACCUGCGCCGGAAGGCAGCCCGGCUGGUGUCGGCCAAGUGCACCCUGGCGUCCCGAGUGGACAGCUUUCACGAGAGCUCCGACGGCAAGGUGGGGUACGACCUGAAAGAGGAGAUCGAGAGGAAGUUCGACAAGUGGCAGGAGCCACCGCCCGUGAAGCAGGUGAAGCCGCUGCCGGCUCCCCUGGACGGCCAGAGGAAGAAGAGAGGAGGGCGGAGGUACCGCAAGAUGAAGGAGCGGCUGGGGCUGACGGAGAUCAGGAAACACGCCAAUCGCAUGACUUUUGCCGAGAUCGAGGACGAUGCCUACCAGGAGGACCUGGGCUUCAGCCUGGGACAGCUGGGAAAAUCUGGCAGCGGCCGAGUGCGACAAGCACAGGUCAACGAGGCCACCAAGGCCCGAAUCUCCAAGUCCCUGCAGCGGACCCUGCAGAAGCAGAGCAUGGUGUACGGGGGCCGCUCGACAGUCCGGGAUCGCUCGUCGGGGACCAGCUCGAGCGUGGCCUUCACCCCACUGCAGGGGCUGGAGAUCGUGAACCCGCAGGCCGCCGAGAAGAAGGUGGCUGAGGCCAAUCAGAAGUACUUCUCCAACAUGGCCGAGUUCCUGAAAGUCAAGAGAGAGGGGGAGGGCAAGCCCUGAUGGACUACAGCCCCCACACUGCACUGAGGGGGCAUGUGACCAAAACUCCCAUAGUCCACUGCGGCAGUGUGGGACUACAAUUCCCACAAUGCAUUGCAGCAAAAGAAACCUAUACAGAGCAGAGUAAGGACACAUGACUUCAGAGUUCAUGGGGCUGUGUAACAACACAGCCCCCCCAUAGGCCGAUGGACAACAAUCCUCCAGGGUUUAAUAUUGUGUAGCUGGACUGCUGACCCCUAGGUGUUAUAGAGAGAGCUCUUCACUGAGCUCGCCGAGAAGAAAUAGAUUUGCAGGCAGGACCUUUUUGACUGCCAUUUUUUUGUGCUUGUGAGUGUCUGCCCCUUGGCUGGGGCUCAUUUUUAUUCUGUUCCUGCAGUGAAGCAGGUGACGCAUUUGGACUGGUGCAGCUCGUCAGCGUGCGUCCUGUAAUUCACACCUGUAAUUAACUGAUGUGUGUCCCACAGGGUUUGUCACUGCAGUUUUUUUUUAAUAAAAUGAUUUAUAGAAACCAGA